AUGAGGAAACAAGCAGCUGAGGUUCAAGCUAAUUGUCCCAAAUGUUCUACAAUACCUACUACCGAGGAAUCAUUCACCAUUUCACUCGUAGAAGAUUGGAGGGCCCCAUAUUUGGCAUUUUUUGUUGAAAGGACUCUGCCAAGCAAUUCCAAGCUCGCCUAUCAGCUUAAGAAGAUGGUAAAGAGAUAUUUUGUGGAUGGGUCGACUCUUUAUCGGAAGGGAUUUAACGGGGAACCUCUACGAUGCUUAGGAAAGACGGAGUCACAUCAAGUCAUGCAGGAAAUACACGCUGGAGAACGUGGAGAACAUCAAGGAAUGAAAAGGCUUCACCGGCAGCUGUUGAGUUUUGGAUAUUACUGGCCUACUAUGAAAAGGGAUGCGCAUGAUUUUGUUAAGAAAUGCCACACGUGCCAAAUCCACGCCAAUUUGAGUCACAAGCCUCCUACAUUGUGUAUGAGUAUGAGGGCGGUUGGAGCAUUCACCUGCCGGAUGCUUUGUGGGCUUACCGCACCUCACCAAGAAGUGCUACAGGUUUUUCACCUUAUUCACUGGUAUAUGGGUCCGACGCUAUUUCACCUGUGGAAAUCACCAUUCCCACGGCCAGAGUCUCGGUUGUUAACGACCUUGAAUGGGAUGCAAAAUCAUGCUUGGAUUGGCGUUUGUUGGACCUUGAAGCAGUGGACGAAAAGUGAAUGGAAGCUGAAAGAAAAAUGGCCCUCUACCAUAAGACUAUUGCCCAAGCAUAUAACAAGAUCGUUAAGCCUCAAGCUUUCAAGCACGGAGAUCUUGUGCUAA